GACGUUUCUUGUUUUUUGUCGGAUUGUAAACACCAGCACACAUUUGGAGGAAAACGGUGUGGGCACGUUUUUAGUUUACCACGUAACAUGUUAAUGUUUGUUGUCAGCUUAUAAUGGCAAACUUAACGGAUGGUACAUGGGAUAGUUUACCUGUAAAACUCGAUGAUAACAUUUUACAGACACUUAAGGAACUCGGAUUUACGCACAUGACUCCUGUACAGUCUGCGUGUAUCCCUCUGUUCUUAGGAAACAAAGAUGUCGCAGCUGAAGCUGUGACUGGCAGUGGAAAAACACUUUCUUUUGUCAUUCCCAUGAUAGAGCUGCUGCUUAAGCGUGAAGAAAAGUUGAAGAAGAUGCAAGUUGGGGCUCUUGUUAUUACCCCAACAAGAGAAUUGGCUCUUCAGAUCAGUGAAGUGGUGGACACAUUCCUCAAGAGAUUUUCACAGUUUACGCAGAUCUUGCUCAUUGGUGGUACUAAUCCCAUAGAAGAUGUAAAGAAAUUUAAAGCACAAGGGGCAAACAUUGUGGUUGCAACUCCGGGGCGUCUGGAGGACAUGUUCAGAAGGAAGGGUGAAGGGCUUGACAUGGCGAGCUACGUCAAAAGUCUUGAUGUGCUUGUCCUUGAUGAGGCUGAUCGGCUACUAGACAUGGGAUUUGAGGCUAGUCUGAACACUAUUCUCAGCUACUUACCCAAACAGCGGCGUACUGGCUUGUUUUCAGCCACUCAGACACAAGAGGUUGAAAAGCUGGUGAGAGCAGGUCUCCGAAACCCCGUUCGUAUCACCGUUAAGGAAAAAGGUGUAGCAGACUCGCACACUCAGAAAACUCCCUCAAGACUUGCGAACUUCUAUACUGUCUGCAGGCCAGAAGAUAAAUUCAAUAAUCUGGUGGCUUUCCUCAGGCAACACAAACAUGGAAAGAAUCUUGUUUUCUUUAGCACUUGUGCCUGUGUGGAUUACUACAGUCGUGCAUUAGAGACUCUUAUUAAAAAGGUCAAUGUCCAGUGUAUCCAUGGGAAAAUGAAAAAUAAACGUAACAAGAUCUUCGCCAACUUUCGGACUUUAAAAAGUGGGAUCCUGGUCUGUACAGAUGUCAUGGCAAGAGGAAUUGACAUCCCAGAAGUGAACUGGGUGAUUCAGUAUGACCCACCCAGCAGUGCCAGUGCUUUUGUACAUCGGUGUGGACGUACAGCACGGAUUGGAAACCAGGGCAAUGCACUCGUCUUUCUCCUACCAAUGGAGGAGUCCUAUGUCAAUUUCCUAUCAAUCAACCAAAAAUGCCCCUUAGAGAAGAUGUCUCCUAUAAAUGAUGUUGUCGAUGUGCUUCCAAAAGUGAAGGCCAUGGCUUUAGCGGAUCGUGCUAUAUUUGAACGAGGCAUGAGGGCCUAUGUCUCUUAUGUUCAGGCCUAUUCCAAGCAUGAAUGCAGUCUUAUCUUCAGAGUUAAAGAUCUGGACUUUGCAUCCUUAGCUCAUGGUUUUGCGCUUCUUCGUUUACCCAAGAUGCCAGAGUUGAGAGGCAAAACCUUUCCUGAAUUUAUUGAAACAGACGUAGAUAUAGACACUAUCAAAUACAAAGAUAAGAAUAGAGAAAAACAGAGACGGAAGAUGAUGGAAGAGCAAAGGAACCAAUUAAAGACAUGUCCAGGUAAUAAAGGCUUUGUCAAACACCAAGCAUGGUCAAAACAGAAGAACAAAAAGGAACGCAAGAAAAAUAGGGCAGCCAAGAGGAAGCAUGAUAAGGGCUCAGAUGUAGAUGAAGAAGAAAUGAAUGAACUUUUAAACGACACACGCCUCUUGAAAAAACUGAAGAAAAAAGAAAUUACUGAAGAGGACUUUGAGAAGCAGUUAACUGGUGGCUCGCGAUCAAAAUGCCAAAUAGUACAGUCAAGUGGCAGCUCAUGUGAAGGGGACUAAAUUACCACAAACUCACCAAAAAUGCACACAUGUGUAUGAUUUUAUUUGAAAACCCAGUUACAUUGUUAUAAAUAGAGCUUAAUUAGUUCAUCGCUGACUGCAGACGGCGUGAGCACUCCAAGGUCAGUGAAUAGAAGAGUAAUGAGGGAAGGAGGGGUGUAGUCAAUCAUUGGAUGCUCCUCAGACAGAUUUUUUACAGACUUGAGCGUAUCUGCUUUGUACUGUUGUGGGGAAAAAAUGCUAUAAAACAUU